UUCUGCAGAUACCUUCCUCGCAGCUGAGGUUUUUCACCGCAAAGCUGCAGCACAGAAACUCUGUGUCUGAGUGGCUUCCUGUGGAGACGGGUCACCCUGUGCUCUGUUUCAGUCUCUGCUCCACGCUUCAACCUCAGUCUACUGUUCUGCCUUUUUGCUUGAUCCCUCGAUGGAUUGAGCCUGAUUGAUCGUAAUGAGUUUGGGGAUCUUAAACGUGGCUGGAGCUGCACUGGGAGCGGCCUUCUCACUCCUCGCCUGUGCCUCGAUUAUACAAGGGUUCCGGCACGAUGGUCUGAGGCCACGUUAUGACACAAGAGAAGCUGUGGUGGGCCAGAACAUCACCCUACAGUGUUUCUUGGAAAGCCUGCCUGAACUCAAGAUUGUCAACAUUGAAUGGACGAAGAAAAACAAGGAAAGCACCAAGCUGGCUCUGUUUAGCCCAGCCCAUGGAAUUCGUUUAUUUUGGCCUAAUCUCACUUUACAUUAUGAUAAUUCAAGCAAGUCUAUGGGGUCCUAUCUCCACCUUCCUGAGGUGAAUGAAUGGGACAGCGGCACCUAUAUUUGUGAUAUUACAACUUUUCCAUAUGGCACCGUCAGGAGGGAGACGGAGCUAAAGAUUAAAGAUGUUGUUGAAAUAACGUGUGACACCAACAGCAGCUUGGAAGUGGGUAAUGGACAGAAUGUGACCAUUCGCUGCCGAGCUUCCCCCGAUGCCCAGUACAGAUGGACCAAGAACGAGGAGCUGGUGUCACAGAAUGAAUCUCUGGAGCUCUCGUGCGUGACUGAUGCUCACGCAGGAGUUUACACGCUGACUGUCUCCACAGGAAAUGAAACUGUGCAUAAAGAGUUUACCAUCACGGUACAAACAGCGACCACACACUCAGAGACAGAUCCCACAGCCGUGUCCCUGCAGUCCUACGUAACCGAGAGUUUUUCAGUUCCUUCAGACACCAGCUCCACCACAUCACCAACCACUGGGCUUUUAACCACUGACUCCAAUGUGACUUGGACCACGGCUAAUGGGAGCCAUGGUACUCCGGAUUCGACCACAGCCGGGGAGGACGUCACCUCUUUUACAAGUCCCACACAUUCCAGUGUCACAACAUCCCCUGUCACACAAACUGACCCCAGUCCGUCUGCUACAUCAAGUCCUGGUGCUGCAGUGUUCACGUCCACACAGGAAGUGGUCAGCGGUGGGGGGGGCAAGUACGAGGAUGUUUUUUUUGUCUCAACCAGGCCACAGGGUGAGACCAGCACCUCUGGAAAAAGUACAGAACAGUUCGAACGCCCCGGUGCAACCCCGACACUGAACACUGGAAACAACGGAACAGGAAAUAAAGACGCAGGGCGGACUCAUCUGGUCGCGUUGAUAAUAAUUCCAGUGCUGGUUCUGAUCGCCGUGGCUGGAUAUCUGUACAGGAGACGAACCAUAAAACAAAGGAUGUCUCUGCCGCCUCCGUUCAAACCCCCCCCACCUCCAGUGAAGUACUCGGCUGCAACGCACCAUGAGAUGUACAGACAGGCCGUCCCCACUUCAAGGUGCAACUCGGUAGCGGAAACUGGAUCAAAUGUCUAUUAACAUAUAAUCACGAAGCAGUUGAUAAAUUGGAUUUAGGGUUGUUUGUCUUAAGGGUGCAAUAACAAGAUGUAUUAUCAGGAGUCAGAAUCAAAAGUCGUAAAAUUUUGGGUUGAGUCCCGUCAAAGUGGGUGGAUCCACGUUGUUGUUUUUCUACUUUUUGUUACAUAAUGACAUGGAUGAUAAUUCAAAAGAGCGGCAUAUUUAAAAGGACUGUGAUUUGAGAAUGUGCAGCUUCAUGGGAUUCAACAGGACUGAUGGGCGUCGGAGGAGGUUUCAGAUGUGAUGAGUUUCAACUGCAGGUAAAUGUGGAGAAUGUAUCCUGGGUGGGGGGGGGGGGGGG